ACAGCAAAGAACUCAGCAACAAAGAGAAACUGGAAAUGGAGGUUCCCAAAUGCAGUACAUCCUACCCCAAGUUCUGGUCCCAGCUUUGGGCACUUGCUUGCCCUUCUUGGAGUUCAGAGAAGAACAGUGAAAGCUACACUACAUCUCUUCAUUGUGAGGCCCUAAACAACUAUAAGGAAAUGGACACACAGCCUUCUACCAACAGUGUUCCAGUGUCUCUGUACAAACAUCACCCCUGUCUUUCAGCAGCUUCCAUGAGCAGUUCGGUGGUGCCGUCUCCUCCUCCACCACCAGCAGAAGAAUAUAGCUGUGAGUUUGGGUCAUUUAAGUAUUUGAUGCUGUGUUCCCUGGGUGGUCUUGUGAGCUGUGGACUGACUCACACAGCAGUAGUGCCACUAGAUGUGGUGAAAUGCCGGAUGCAGGUGGAACCUAAACGCUACCGUGGGCUUGUGCAAGGCCUUACUCUUACUGUGCAAGAGGAGGGAAUGCGUGGUCUGGUCAAGGGAUGGGCUCCAACAGCCAUAGGUUACUCCAUGCAAGGCCUUGGCAAAUUUGGCCUUUAUGAGACCUUUAAGAUACAUUAUUCUGAAUUGUUGGGUCCUGAACGUGCUUAUCUGUGGCGGACCAGCCUCUACCUGGCUGCCUCAGCCAGUGCUGAAUUCUUUGCUGACAUUGCUCUGUCCCCAAUGGAAGCAGUCAAGGUACGAAUUCAGACCCAGGAAGGCUAUGCCAACACACUGCGGGAUGCAGCUCCAAAGAUGUUCAUUGAAGAGGGGCUGUGGGCUUUCUACAAAGGAGUGUCUCCACUCUGGAUGCGUCAGAUCCCUUAUACCAUGAUGAAAUUUGCCUGUUUUGAACGAACUGUAGAGGCUCUCUAUAAAUAUGUCAUACCCAAGCCCCGCGAUCAGUGCACCAAAAUGGAACAACUUGGAGUCACCUUUGUUGGUGGUUACAUUGCUGGCAUCUUCUGUGCUAUAGUCUCACACCCUGCUGACUCUGUGGUAUCUGUACUCAACAAAGAAAAGGGCAGUACUGCCACUGAAGUCCUCAAGAGGUUGGGCAUGUAUGGCAUCUGGAAAGGCCUGUUUACCCGUAUCCUGAUGAUUGGGACCCUCACUGCCCUACAAUGGUUCAUUUAUGAUUCAGUUAAAGUGUACCUCAAGCUCCCUCGGCCCCCACCACCUGAGAUGCCUGCCUCUUUGAAAGAGAGUUUGUCAUUAAAAUAGACACACACAUCCCCAACAGACCUACACUGUUGUGUUUCAGGGAUCCUUUCAUUCUAUAAGAAUUUCUGGUCCAUUUUGUGUGUGGUUAUUGGUGGACUAUGGACCUUAUUCUGGUUCAAACUAAACACCACAGUGCGCCAACCAUAUAUUAAGCUACCUAAAAUGUCUACUUACUGCAGCAUUGAUGCUUAUGAUUUAGCAGAAUAAUAGUUCUGGAAUUUUGUUUUGGUAUAAAUUGGGCUCAAAAUACAUAGUGCAUAAUGUGGUUUAUAGUUUUUACAGCCUUGUUCAAUAUGUUAAGGUUAACCUAUUAUUAGCAGCUGGUAGCCCAGCUGGUUGUUGAUUCUUUGUCAAGUUCUUAAUAGUAUCAAAUGGUGUCCUCAAG